AUGACAAGCCUUGUAUUGAGGAUGACUCUUCUGAUGCAUCUGCCUCCUGACCCAACCACAACCAAUGCUGACUCAUCUGGGCUAAAAAUAGCCCUGCACUCGUCCUACCGGGGUCCUCACCUUUUGCCCUCCCCACUUGUUUUCUGGAGCAGAGGCAUGGCCAGCUGUUCUUACCGCAUCAGCUCUGGCUGCGGCACCCAGAACUUCAGCUCCCGCUCCGCCAUCCUGCCCAAGCCUGGGGCUCACAGCUGUGUCAGUGCCAUUGCUUACCGUGGGGGCAGUCCUAGGGGCCCAGGCUACAGGAGCCUCAGUGGCUUUGGCAGCAGGAGCCUGUGUGCAGUGGGGUCUCCCCAGAUUGUGAUGGGCUAUGGAUGGCCUCUGCGAAGUGGGGGCAGCUUUGGCUACCAGGCAGGGGGCCUUUGUGGGCCCAGCCCUCCCUGUAUCACCACCGUGACGGUCAACGAGAGCCUAUUCAAGCCCAACCUGGAGUUUGACCCCAAUGCUUAGUGUGUGAAGCAUGAGGAGAAGGAGCAGAUAAAAUGUCUCAACAACAAGUUUGCUGCCUUCAUCGACAAGGUGCGCUUCCUAGAGCAGCAGAACAAGCUGCUGGAGACCAAGUGGCAGUUCUACCAGAACCAGCGCUGUUGUGAGAGCAACCUGGAGCCUCUGUUCAAUGGCUACAUCGAGACACUGAGGAGGGAGGCUGAGUGCGUGGAGGCCAACAGCAGGAGGCUGACCUCUGAGCUCAACCAUGUGCAGGAGGUGCUGGAGGGCUACAAGAAGAAGUAUGAAGAAGAGGUAGUGCUCAGGGCCACAGCUGAGAAUGAGUUUGUGAUGCUGAAGAAGGAUGUGGACUGUGCUUAUCUGCGCAAGGCGGACCUGGAGGCCAAUGUGGAGGCACUGAGGGAGGAGAUUGGCUUCCUGCAGUCUCUCUAUGAGGAGGAAAUCUGCCUCCUUCAGUCACAAAUCUCGGACACCUCAGUAGUGGUAAAGAUGGACAACAGCCGGGAGCUCAACAUGGACUCGGUUGUGCCUGAGAUUAAGGCUCAGUAUGACGACUUCGCCAGUCGAAGCAGGGCUGAGUACCAAACCAAGUGUGAGGAGACGAAGGCCACAGUGACCCAGCAAGGCGUGAACCUCCGCAGAACCAAGGAUGAGCUCAAUGAGCUGAACCGUCUGAUUCAGAGGCUGACAGCCGAGGUGGAGAAUGUCAAGCAGCAGCGCUGCAAGCUGGAGGCUGCGGUGGCUGAGGCAGAGCAGCGGGGUGAGGCGGCCCUCAGCGACGCCAAGUGCAAGCUGGCUGGGCUGGAGGAGGCCCUGCAGAAGGCCAAGCAGGACAUGACGGGCCUGCUCAAGGAGUACCAGGAGGUGACGAACUCCAAGCUGGGCCUGGAUGUGGAGAUUGCCACUUACCGCAAACUGCUGGAGGGCGAGGAGAGCCGGUUGUGUGAAGGUGUGGGCUCCGUCAACAUCUGUGUGAGCCGUUCUCAGGGUGGCAUGGUUUGCGGGGACCUCAGUUCCAUGGUCUCGCAUGGCCUGGGGGAUGUGGCCAUCAGCCGCGGAGUCGUCUGCUCCCCUUCUGAAGUAGGGGGCUGCUCCAGUGGAAGAUCUGUGCGGUUUGCAUAG